ACCGUUGCGUCAUUGUUAUUGUCACAGCUGAGUGGAGACAAUUUAGUACCACUACAAUACGUUCAAAAAUUUCCUCCCAAGUUGAUCCUAAAGUUCACACAACACGAUGUCGCUUCAAAAUGAGGUUUCAUCCGAAGAGAGUUUGCAAGGUUCCUGGGUCGAGCUAGACUUCAGCAGCAAUGGCUCUCAGGGUGAGGGUCCUCAUGAAAGCCAGGAACAGAUUCCUGCAGCCAGUCUGGAGGGUGACGUGGAGAAGAUGCUGCUAGAUGCACAGCACGAGUCGGCCAGAAACAGCUCUAAAGGAAGCUCCCAAUGCAACAGCCCACUCAGAGGACAGACCCCACUUCUGUGGAAAGGCUCAGAGGGAAACAGCUCACAGUCAGAUGAAGACUUCCAAGAAAGAAGACGGGAAGUAGAGAACCUGAUGAAGAAAAAUGCUGAUUGGGUCUGGGAAUGCUCAAGUCGACCUGAGAAUAACCCACCAAAGGAGUUCCUGCUGAAGCAUCCCAAGCGCACAGCCUCCCUCAGUAUCAGGAACACUAGCGUCAUGAAGAAGGGAGGCAUUCUCUCACCUGACUUCCUCAAGCUUUUCCUUCCCUCGUUAAUCAUUUCUCACAUACUUGCUGUUGGCCUGGGAAUAUACAUUGGAAAGCGUCUGACCUCACACAACACCUACUGAGUAACAUGAUGGUGUGCUGCAUGAGAUGUGACUCGUGCAGCUGAGCAUGCCUUAAAAUGGGACCCUCUGAAGAUCAAGGGAGAAGUGGCUAUGUGAUACUCCAUUCUGGCUAACCGCCCACAGUACCCUACUCGAGGAUAAAGAAUCAAGGAUCGCUCAUUGUUUUCUCACUUCCAUGGGGUAUACAUGUGUCUAUACACAACAAUGACUGGUCCACCAUUUAUUGCUCUAAUCCUCACCCUGGCCUGGUGAUGAUUGUUCUGCUGCUUCCUGCUGCUUAAAUUGGCACGUAUGGGAACUGGCUUGUAAUGUCUUGUUCCUUAUAGAAUGAAAAAUCAAUGUGGUGAUUAAGUGAUAAGCUGACAUUUUGAUUCUCUUGUUUUGCAUGUAAGUUGUUGAGAGAAAACACAUUAUUCUGGCUUAUGGUCUGAUUUUUUUUUUUAAACUACUAAGGGAUCAUUAGUCUCAUUUUUAGAGUGGUUGCCUCCACAAAUAUUUCAUUUUGUGCAAACGUAAAAUGCAACAGGAAUACUGACAUAUAUAUAAAAGUGAAUUACAGUGAAUGACAUUAUUGUUAUGGUUCAUUAAUUUCUGUUUGUUUGAGACCAAAUAAAAUAAAAUUAAAGUA